CCGCACCCGGAGGGCCGCUCGCCGGGAAGGAGCACGCGCGCACACGCGACUACUUUUGAUGGUUUUGCGAGGCCGGCCGGUCGGUUCCGCGGAGGCCGCCGCGCUCGACUUUCCCGCCGCGGGAGGGGGCGGGGCACUCCUGGCCCCGCCCCUGUCUGGGCACCGCCUUCGCAGGUUGAUGGCAGCAGCAGCUGGGACUGCAGGGGCGCCGGGCCUCGGAGAGCCGCAAGCAGCGGCCGGAGAGCGCAGUUGAACACCCGGGCCCCGGACGCCGCGGACACCCGGAGAGGCCGUGCUGGCGCCCUGACACCUACGUCGGCCCCAGCGCACCCCCAGCCCCCUCCGCAGAGCUGUCGCAGCGCGAGCCCCCCUCGGCCCACUCAGGACCAGCUUACAGGACUAAGGACCAGAGGCAUUUCUGGGCACUGAGAUCCUCCAUCGCUGCCCCCAGCCAUGAGCCGGCGCGUGGUUCGACAGAGCAAGUUCCGCCAUGUGUUUGGGCAGGCAGCAAAGGCUGACCAGGCCUACGAGGACAUCCGUGUGUCCAAGGUCACAUGGGACAGCUCCUUCUGUGCCGUCAAUCCCAAAUUCCUGGCCAUUAUUGUGGAGGCUGGAGGCGGAGGCGCCUUCAUCGUCCUGCCUCUGGCCAAGACAGGGCGAGUGGAUAAGAACUACCCACUGGUCACUGGGCACACUGCCCCUGUGCUGGACAUUGACUGGUGCCCACACAAUGACAAUGUCAUCGCCAGUGCCUCAGACGACACCACCAUCAUGGUGUGGCAGAUUCCAGACUAUACACCUCUGCGCAACAUUACAGAACCCAUCAUCACAUUAGAAGGCCACUCGAAGCGUGUGGGCAUCCUCUCCUGGCACCCCACUGCCCGGAAUGUCCUGCUCAGUGCAGGUGGUGACAAUGUGAUCAUCAUCUGGAAUGUGGGCACUGGGGAGGUACUCCUGAGCCUGGACGACAUGCACCCAGACAUCAUCCACAGCGUGUGCUGGAACAGCAAUGGUAGCCUACUAGCCACCACCUGCAAGGACAAGACGCUGCGCAUUAUCGACCCCCGCAAGGGUCAGGUGGUGGCGGAGCGAGCCCGGCCUCACGAGGGCGCCCGCCCGCUGCGGGCCGUCUUCACCGCAGACGGGAAGCUACUCAGCACCGGCUUCAGCAGGAUGAGUGAGCGGCAACUCGCGCUCUGGGACCCGGAGAGGUUUGCGGCCCACGAGGGGAUGAGGCCCAUGCGGGCCAUCUUCACACGCCAGGGUCAUAUCUUCACCACGGGCUUCACCCGCAUGAGCCAGCGAGAGCUGGGCCUGUGGGACCCGAACAACUUCGAGGAGCCAGUGGCACUGCAGGAGAUGGACACUAGCAACGGGGUCUUACUGCCCUUCUACGAUGCCGAUUCCAGCAUCAUCUACCUGUGCGGCAAGGGCGACAGCAGCAUUCGGUACUUUGAGAUUACCGACGAGCCACCUUUCGUGCACUACCUGAACACGUUCAGCAGCAAGGAGCCUCAGAGGGGCAUGGGUUUCAUGCCCAAACGGGGGCUGGAUGUCAGCAAAUGCGAGAUCGCCCGGUUCUACAAGUUGCACGAAAGAAAGUGUGAACCCAUCAUCAUGACUGUGCCCCGCAAGUCAGACUUGUUCCAGGACGACCUAUACCCGGAUACACCAGGCCCCGAGCCGGCUCUAGAAGCAGACGAAUGGCUGUCGGGCCAGGACGCCGAACCUGUGCUCAUCUCGUUGAGGGAUGGUUACGUGCCCCCCAAGCACCGGGAGCUCCGAGUCACCAAGCCCAACAUCUUGGACGUGCGCCCACCCUCCGGCCCACGCCGCAGUCAGUCAGCCAGCGACACCUCUUUGUCGCAGCAGCACACUCUGGAGAGACUGCUGGAGGAGAUCAAGGCCCUUCGAGAGCAGGUGCAGGCCCAGGAUCAGCGAAUCACGGCCCUGGAGAACAUGCUGUGCGAGCUGGUGGACGGCACGGACUAGCGCCGCACUCCGGGGACAGCUCUGAGCCUGGAGGUCCAGACUGGGCCGGGGCACAGACUCGGCUGGCCCAGGGUUUUGAACUGGAACUUGGGACCCCACCUCUCUGGGCUGGGAAUGGAACUCCUCCCCUCGCAGGAGGCCUAGACACAUGGAACGUCUCAGAGACGGGCACCCUCCGCGUGCUGCGUGCCUCCUCCAGGACUCAGCAGGAACUGGCCUUGGGAGGACGGGGUGACAGGGCCUCAGCAACGGUGCUGCGCAGCGACAUGGUGUCCCCCUUUGUUUCUCGCUCAGGGCAGAAGAAGUACUUAGUUAUUAGCGUGACGCUUGGGGAUCUGGGGGGAUCUUGGACUUUACCUCAGAGGGGUGAUGAUUUGCCAGGUGUCCCGGACCGGCUAGGGGAAAUUAUAGCGCUGCUCCCUCUAGUCAGCUCGCUUACCUCCACCGACAUAAGUGGUAAACCCAACGGGCGUCACCUCAGGUCUACAGACAAAUACAACCCGUUGGCUGUAGAGCGGGUCCCACUGGCUACACCCAGCAGAGAGAGGGCAGCUUCCUGGGGGCACCUCUGCAGGACAGGUACCAGAACUCACCUGAGGAAGCAGGUUCACCACCCUCCCCCCAACACACACACACACUGCCCCCAGUCCUCUGCUGUAGCCUUGACUCCAGGGGGGAAACAAGACAUACUGGAUGAAA